CCAGCUGUGUCACUGAUAGCAACAGUCCUCUCUUUUUGAACCAACUCACUCACAACUCAGCAGGCUGAGACCUUUCUGCUUCCUGCAGGCUAAGAUGCUCACUGAUAUCAUGGAUGCCAUGGAAGGUUUUGGGGUGAGCAGCACCCGGUACCUGCAGACCAACUACAAGGACGCACAGAACAUGUUUCUCUGGGUAUCCUGGGCGGCAGAUCUUAGGAACACCUUCUUCAUCUUCUUCCCGCUGUGGUUCCACCUCCGGCCCUCAGUCGGCAUCAAACUCAUUUGGGUGGCUGUAAUCGGAGACUGGCUGAACCUGGUGUUUAAAUGGGUUCUGUUUGGAGAGAGGCCGUACUGGUGGGUCCAUGAGACGGCUUAUUACACAGAUGCUGAUCGCCCUCACAUUGAACAGUAUCCAAUGACCUGUGAGACCGGACCAGGCAGUCCCUCCGGACACGCUAUGGGAGCUGCAGGAGUCUACUACACCCUUGUGACUUCCAUCCUUGCCAUUCUGACAAGCAAGAAAUCAUCAAACAAAAAUUGGUACCUGAAGGCUCUUCUGUGGUCCAUUUUUUGGGGAGUCCAAGUGUGUGUCUGCCUGUCGAGGGUUUUCAUUGCUGCUCACUUCCCCCACCAAGUCGUUGCUGGAGUCAUAACAGGUAUGAUUGUGGCCGAAGCCUUCAACAGAACUCAGUGGAUCUACAGUGCCAGCAUGAAGAAGUACUUCUACACAACACUCAUCCUGACAAGCUUUGCUGUGGGCUUCUAUGUGCUACUCAAAGCUGUGGGUGUGGACCUCCUGUGGACCCUAGAGAAAGCCCAGAAGUGGUGUGUCAGACCAGAGUGGGUCCACUUGGACUCCACGCCCUUCGCCAGCCUUCUGCGCAACAUGGGUACGCUGUUCGGCCUUGGCCUGGGCCUGCAUUCUCCACUGUACACCGAGACCAAAAAGAGCAGCAGUGCGUCAGCCAGAGCGGCAUGCAUUCUCAGCUCUUUGUUUCUGUUGCACCUGUUUGACUCCUUUAAGCCUCCCACACAUACUGCAGCUCUCUUCUACCUGCUCUCCUUCUGCAAGAGCGCAACUGUUCCCCUAGUCACCGUCAGCAUCAUCCCGUACUGCGUAAACAGAGCUCUGAGCCAGCACAGCAAAAAGGGGAUGUGAGCAACAACACCGAGUUUUGAAGACCAAAGCAAUGCAAGUGCAGAGAGACUGUGAACAUUAAUAAUAAUACACAUAAUAAUAGCCUUUCCUUUGAUGCUUUUUUGCAUUUAAAAGACUGUUUGACUCAGGAAAGAGCUUGAAAAGAAUGAUGAGAAACCACAUUUUGUGUCAUUUAGAUAAUGAACUCUGAACACUGAAACAAUAAUAGAAAGCACUAUCCAGGAUGCUUCGUGGGACUUACAAAGAACUGUAGUAAAGAUAACAAAUCAAAAUUAUUGCGGUUGUUUCAGAGUUCUGGAGGGAGAUGAGUGAGUCUAUUCUUGAAUGUUUGCUCCUAACCUUUGAUAUGCUAUUUUAGUUAUGAAACUAUUGUAUUUUUCAAUGUGUUUUUGAAAUGUUAAGAAUAUUUUUUAAAUAAAAUAAAAAAAAGAGUUCUGACUU